AUAUGCAUCCUAAGUAUUUUUGUUGAUUGGGCAUACAAACUACUUUUCGUAAUUCCAUUGUUCUUUGUAUUCAAGUUCGGCAAGUGGAUAUAUCAAUGGGCUCUUACUCCUGGCCCAGAACCAGCACAAAAUCCCCCCAAAACAGAAAAGGUUAAGAGAAAAUACAAAACAAUUAGAGUAUGAACUUUUUGGAAAAUGGAGAUAGUGGAAGAUGUAGAAGUCAAGACCCCUGCAGAGCCAACAGGGUCAGACGAUUCUAAGGAGAAUCCAAUCGCCUGCAAAGUGCGAGGGGCCGAGUUGUUCAAACAGGGUGAUGUUGAUGGAGCAAUUGAUGUAUGGUUUAGUGGUCUUAGGGCGCUACAAUUCAUUCUAAGCAAGAAACCAGACUUCGAACGCGAUGCUUCCUCUGCUGCUGUAUUCAUACGAAAGUGGGAAAUCUACGUUGGCACCUUUGUAGACCUGUCAACCAAUAUGGCACUGGCUUUGUUGAAAAAGGGUCACUAUAGAGACGCAAUAAAAUAUUGUCAUCAGGCACUAAAGUAUGACAAGAGCAACCUUAAGGCAUAUCUAAGAAUAUCACAAGCGCACGCAGAAAAUGGAGAAUACGGUGUGGCAAUUGACUACUGCAACGAAGCUUUGAGGUUCUAUCCAGAUAACCUGGAACUAAGACUUCAAAAGAAGAAAAUGAUAGAACAAUCGAAGGAACAUGAUCGCAGCCAAAAGGUGGUGUUGCAGAAGGUAUUUGAACAACUGGAACAUGAUCCUAGAUCGCAGGGUGGAAUUAUUGCCACAAUGUUACCAUACAGGAUCAUCAAGAGUGUUAAAAGUUUGUGGACCAGAUUCUCUUCUAUUUUCAAAUUUGUGGGAACCGCCUUCAAAUUCUUUUAUAACAAACACGUCGCCAGUACGUGAUCUUAAAAUAAUUCUAUAUACACAAAACAGAUAUGAAUGUAUACGAUAACAAAAU